UUCAAGUGUUGGUCCAGUUCUGCUUUGGCCACCAAUGUGAAACAUCAAUCCUCGUCCUGAAAUAACAUUAUCUCAAAGUUGCUGAUUAAACUCGACGGUUAGUAAGAUUUGUGAGACGACAGAGCAACACAGUGUUAUUUAAUUAAACGUGGAAUCGCGAUCUUUCUUGAUCAGAACAACAUAUUCAACAUGAGGCUUACAAUGUACAUCGUGAUGCUGUUAAUUACAAUCUGCGCUCUGUUUGCCGAUAUUCAUACACUCUCGACACAUAAAAUUCGGUUACCAAACGGCCCUGGCUACGGCCCAUUUAAUCCUCACCAACCUUGGCCAAUACCGUGGCCAAACAAUGGUUAAUAAUCAAAAUGAUACCGAGAUUCUAACUGAAAAUUAUGACAAAGCUCCCUAUUUGAAAUACAAUUAUUUAUUGCUAAAGAUUUUUAAGUGAGCUGGAGGCCAUAUUUGUACUAUAUUUGUAUAUUAAAUAAAAUUGUAUUGUUAUCAAAGAAAA